AACGAAUAUACCUCUGGAACAUGGACAAAAACCACCCUUUCUAUCAACGGCUGUUGUCUACGAGAGCAUCCUCAUUCCUCAAGCUUAAGGUCGAAGGAAUGCCUGUUGUCUGGCUCCACCGAUCUGGGCUGCGCCCGAGCCAAGCCAAGAACCUCUAAACGAAGCUUUGAAAAUCAACGGCUUAGUCGAAGCUCAGAUCUGUCACCCCUAGCAUCAUAUUAUAUAUAUUCCGCCCAAAGAGCAUAUUGCAACAUAAAAAAAUUUAACAUGACAACAAAAAACCCUAACCUGAAAGCCGCCGGCCGUCUCCGGUCAGGCACUAGACCACCCGCCAACCCACGCCGCUGCCAAACGCUAAGAUCGAGACGCCGCUUCCACCGGAGGGGUCCAGAUGUCGCGCCGCUGCCAGAGCCAUGCCUCCGCCGAUUUUUUACCGGCGAGGAGCACGGUCGGAGGUCGGACGUCGUCGGCGAGAUCGUCUGCGGAGGUCGUGAAGUCUUCGUGAGUGGAGGUGAG